AUGGCCUGGGUGGCCGAACCCAUCCUAUCACGGGGUGGAUCGAAGGCGGGACUGGGCGAGGUCGUGCGGGAAAAGGAGUGCAACAACACCAUGAUGGAACCGAUCUCGACGACACUACUAUCCCUGCCGGCGAGGGACCGCAUCAGCAUCUGGCGGAACGAGGUCAGCGCAGCGCAGGUCUACUGCGUGUGCUCCGCGCCUGCCACCGCCACCGCGGCCGAUAGGGUCGGGUCGGAGCACGUGGACAGUGCGAGCAAGCCUGGUGAGGCCUCGACUCAACCUGUAGGAGCGAGGCACCAGCACCAACAGGGUCGAGCGGGCGGCUUUUUGGGGCUGGGUCCGAGGUCAAAAUCAGGGUUGACGAAAGGGCAUCUGGGACAGGAGCUGACGCGGUGUCCGGUCUGCGCGUCGCCGACUGAUGGCGUGGCUUACGUGCCGCUUGGUAGCGACGGCGCUUAUGGUCUUGUGCGCGCCGCGGCGGUGGUGGGAGCGCGGUUCGAGCGGAGGAAGCUGCUUAAGGCUGUUUCGGGCGUCUUCAAGGGUACGAGGGGCGUCAGAUUACCAAAGGUUGGCGAGCCGCUUUCUCCCACUGCCCCCGGGACGGAGAACGAGGCGGAUCGGAACGGAUGCCCUCGUAGGGCGGGCACCGAGAUGUACUGCCAGCUGCGCCAGGGGGAGAGGGUCGACGGGUCUGGGAAUGACGAGGAUGGGACGGGGUCGGUUGCUACCCUGGUGACGGAGCUGAACGAGGAGGGUGGGCGGGGAAAGCCUCGGCUGGGCAUUGAUGAGACGGCCGCUCGGCUACGGCGGGCGCAGAAGCUGCUGGAGAAGAGUACGCCGGGUGGGGAGUGCUGA